AUGGCUCGCGCCCAAAACGAUCACGUCUCUGUAGUGUCCAAAAUCGCAAUUAUCGGAGCCGGCGUGAGCGGCAUCGCCGCCGCUAAACAGCUCUCCGGCCAUAAUCCGGUUGUUUUUGAGGCAUCUGAUUCGAUCGGAGGGGUCUGGAGGCACUGCUCCUACAGUUGCACUAAGCUUCAGACUCCUCGCCAGGACUACGAAUUCUCUGACUACCCCUGGCCCCGGAGGGAUAAUUCCGACGACUUUCCGUCUUAUGUUGAGAUUUUGGAGUACCUGCACUCGUACGCUAGGCACUUUGAUGUGUUAAAGUUCGUGAGGUUUAAUUCCAAAGUGGUGGAGCUCCGAUUUGUGGGUAAAAGAGAGAAACUCGUGGCCGGUGAUUAUGGUUGUCUGCUCAACGGCGGUAAGCCGGUUUGGGAGGUCGCCGUGCAGCCUAACCAGUCUGACUCCGUUCAGUGGUACGGGUUUGAGUGCGUGGUCGUUUGCACUGGGAAAUACGGAGACGUACCAAGAAUGCCAGUCUUCCCCGAAAAGAGUAAAGGGGCGGAAGUAUUCGAGGGAAAGGUAAUGCACGUGCUCGACUACUGCAAGCUUCCCAAAGAAGCCGCCACUCAACUCCUUCGUCGCAAAAAGGUCGUCGUUAUCGGGUUCAAGAAAUCUGCCAUUGAUUUCGCUCACGAGUGUGCGGAGGCUAACCAAGGUCCAGAAGGAAAACCAUGCACCAUGGUAAUAAGGACUUUACACUGGACUGUUCCCCAUUACUGGGUUUGGGGUCUGCCUUUCUUCUUGUUCUACUCAACAAGAUCAUCUCAGUUCCUCCAUGAAAGGCCUAAUCAAGGCUUCCUCAGAGCCCUUCUUUGCUUCCUCUUAUCUCCAAUGAGACAAGCAGUUUCGAAGUUCAUCGAGUCCUAUGUGGUGUGGAAGCUGCCAUUGCGGAAGUAUGGACUAAAGCCAGAACACCCAUUUCAGGAAGACUAUGCAUCAUGUCAGAUGGCCAUCUUGCCUGAAAAUUUUUUCUCCAAGGCUGAUGAGGGGAAGAUAAUGUUUAGAAGAGCAUCCAAGUGGUGGUUUUGGAAGGGAGGAGUUGAAUUUGAAGACGGCAGAAAGUUGGAGGCUGAUGUGGUAGUUCUUGCCACGGGCUAUGAUGGGAAGCAAAAGCUCAAAGCUAUACUGCCAGAGCCUUUCCUUAGUCUCCUGGAAUACCCUACUGGUAUCAUGCCCUUGUACAGGGGGACAAUUCAUCCAAUGAUUCCAAACAUGGCUUUUGUGGGCUACCUCGAGAGCAUUUCAAAUCUGCACUCGGCCGAGCUCCGCUGCAAAUGGCUGGCCCAGCUUGUCGAUGAUCAAUUUAAGCUUCCCAGUGUGGAGAAGAUGCUUGAACAGACAACUAAGGAGGUGGAAGUGAUGAAGAGGACAACCAGGUUCUAUAAGAGGAACUGCAUCUCUACUUUCAGUAUAAAUCACAGUGAUGAGAUCUGUGAGGAGAUGGGAUGGAGGUCUUGGAGGAAGAAGAACUGGUUGGCAGAAGCAUUUAGCCCUUACACGAGCCAAGACUAUGAAGAGAAAAAAUAA